AUGGCAAGCGGCGUUUGUUAUUUGUUGAAAAUGAAUAGAUUAAUUAAUAAUAAAGUAAUUAGAACAAUAAUAUUCGAAAAAGUUAAAGAGAUUCAUAGUAGUAUACUACUCUACAAGAAUACAAAGUCGGGAAGAGAGAUUGAAGAGACACAAUCGAUAAGAGUGUACCUUGAAUACAAAUACAAUGAUACUAAAAAGAUCAAUGAAAUGUAUGAUAGUGUCAAGCAUAUAAUGGGUACAAAUCAAUACAACAUUCUACACUAUGCACUCAAUUAUAACAAUAUGGAGUUUGCAAGACGUGUCUAUACCUAUUUGAUGGAUCAUACUAGUGGUCCAAUCGCAAGAAAUCAAAGUAUACAUAGCAUUGAUUUAGAUACUAUUGAAAAGUUGGAUAUAAUCGUAAAUCUAUGUCCAAGAUUUUCAACAGACAUUAAUCUACUAGUAAUCAUUCAAAUUGCAUUAAAAUCAGCUUGGCUACAAAAUAACACUGAUUUUGCUACGAGUAUAAUCAAACAUCAUGUUUGUAAUCUUGGACCAUCCGAGUUGAAUGAUGGUCCAAAUGGUGUAAAAGUAGUAUUUAAAGAAUCACGUGGAUUUCAACCAAAUCAAUCAACAUCUUUAGAAUUGGUAAAAUUAUUUAAAGAGACUAAUGGGUUGGUUGGAUCUUGGAAGAGUACAUUAAAAAAAGCAACCAUCUUGAAUAGAAUAGAUAUUGUUGAAUAUUUAUUACCAACUAUUCCAUUGGACCAACAAUUAUACCUAAUUGAUGAUGCCAAAACUUUGGAAAUGAUUCAUACUAUUUUGGUUUGUAAACCAAAUGAAUCGAUUUAUCUUGCACUGGUAAAUAUUUGUUCGAUCGGUAAUAUUGAAAUGUACCAAUAUUUAUCAAGUCGGUUCAUAUCUGUUGGGGAUAGUCCUCCAUCACCAGACCUGACUAUUCUUGGUAUAGCGUUGAUUAAUGGACAUAUGGAAAUGGCACAAUAUAUUCUUGACAAUGUUUCAUGCCCAUACCCAAAUUUCUUUGUUGUAGAUGAUCUACACAUUGAUUUGAUCAGCAUUGGUACAAUCAAUUUACUUUUAAAUCAUCCAAAUGUUACAUUUAGAUUUACAACUUUAUAUUGUCGUGCUGUCCAGAAUGGAUUAUUAAAUAUUGUGCAAUAUUUGGAUUCAAAAAUGACUCUGACAAUCGAGGAUUCUCAAUUCUCGGAUUAUCCUCAAUUCCAUCACAUCGACUUUGGCAAUGCUCUAUCAAUAGCAAUGACAAGACAAGAUCUUGAAAUGGUUCAAUUCAUCUUGUCCAAUCAUUCAGAUCAUACUGGAUAUCAAUGUAAAUUAUUAUUUACGCAAUCACCAGAAUCUCCAAAAGAGAUUAUAGAGGCUAUUGCAUCUAGCUCUAUUUUAUUCCUUUCAUCAAGACAAAUAUUUCAUAUGACUCUAUAUACUUUGGUUGAUCUAAAAUACUAUUCAACUAUAAAGAUUCUAAUAGAGUAUAAUAGAAUUGAAAAGGUAAUAGAUUCAGUGAUUGAAAAGAUUUGUCUAGAUGAUAAUCUAGAAAUCAUUAAAGUAUUUGCCAAUUUUAAAAAUAGUCAAUCAAAAACAUUAUCAACUCGUUCAAUUGAAAAUUUAAUUUCAAAAGGUCAUUUAAAUGUAUUGGAAUAUUUUAAAGAUCAAGUAUGUAAAUUUUCAAACGCAGUAAAAUUUGCUUGUCAAUUUGGAAAUGUAAAGGUAUUGGAAUGGUUAAUGGAAAAUGCUAAACUGUCAAAUCAAAAUAACCAAUAUUUCCAAACAAACCUUACACCAACCAAAUUACAUGUAUUUUUAAAAACAAAUUCAACCAAUAAUUCUCCAGACCUAUUCAAAGGUAAAUUGGUUAGAUCAGCAUUUGAAAAGAAUCAAUUGGCAAUGAUCCAACAUCUUUAUCAACAAUAUGGAGAAACAUUAAAUUGUAAUUUAAAAAGUAAUUCAUUCUCUGGAUUCGUUUAUAAACACAUAACAUCAAAAACACUUGGUUAUUUAAUUGAAAAUAAUUUAAUCAUUGGUACAGUUGAAAAUUGUAUUGGUAUUUUGGAAAGAACAACAAGUAUUAAAUAUUUGGAAUUGGUCAUUCAAUUUUUUAAUCUUUAUUAUGAUAAAGUUAAUAAUCUGGAAUUUAAUAUUCAAUUUGAAUUCCUAGGUGAAUCAAUCUGUUCACAUGAAAAUGAUUUGGUUAUAAUGGCAUUUGAUUUUUUUAAUCAAAUCAAUCAAUUCCAAUUCCCAAAUAAUAUUGAAAGAUUAAAACAAUUUCAAAAUCAAUCAAUUCAAAAUGGUAAUAUUCCUCUUUUAAAAUAUUUAAAUCAAAUUUUAAAAGAUAAAUAA